CCAUUGUUCUCGGUGCCCCACCGGCUGGAGCGCUGGUGAAUCCCGAGGGGCCGGGUCGUGCCCCGGGGCGCUUUUAGUCGCGUAGCAGCCGCCGGAGCAGGAUCUGGUCUUCGGAGAGCAGGACUACUUGUUGAAAUUUGAGGAGGGAGGUGUCUUCUCAGAGAGUGGCUGUGGAAGACUGAGGUUCAAGACUUGAAGCCCGAGUGAUUGCCCCAAGAACUUAGAUGAUGGCUGCAGAGAUGCCAAGAGUGACCACUCCCCUGAGCCCCUUGGUCCAGGUACCUCAAGAGGAAGACGAACAGGAGGAGGAGGUCACUACCAUGAUCCUGGAGGAAGACUCCUGGGUACAGGAAGCUGUACUGCAGGAGGAUGGCCCUGAGUCCGAGCCCUUUUCCCAGAGUGCUGGCAAAGGCAGCCCCCAGGAGGAGGUGACCAGGGGGCCGCAGGGUGCGCUUGGCCGCCUUCGAGAGCUCUGUCAACGCUGGCUGAGGCCAGAGGUACACACCAAGGAGCAGAUGCUGACUGUGCUGCCAAGGGAAAUUCAGGCCUGGCUGCAAGAGCAUCGGCCGGAAAGCAGUGAGGAGGCAGUGGCUCUGGUGGAAGACUUGACCCAGACCCUUCGAGGCAGUGAUUUUGAGAUCCAGAGUGAAAAUGGGGAGAACUCUCAUCAAGACAUGUUUGAGGAAGUUGAAUCACAUGAGAUGUUCUCGGAAAUGCCUGAAGGGGAAGGCAUUCAGCAAUGCGAUUGGGAAAGUGACUUUGAGAGAGACUGUGGCUCUAGGAGGCCCCAGGGAAACGUACCAGGUGAGGACUGUGUAGAGAUGCCAUCCCAGGGCAGGGAAGUUGGACAGCUCAUAGGCCUUCAGGGUACCUACCUGAGUGAGAAGCCCUAUGAAUGUCCUCAGUGUGGGAAAACCUUCAGCCGGAAAUCUCAUCUAAUCACACACGAGCGGACCCACACGGGAGAGAAAUACUACAAAUGUGACGAAUGUGGAAAGAGCUUUAGUGAUGGUUCAAACUUUAGUAGACACCAAACUACUCACACUGGGGAGAAACCUUAUAAAUGCAGGGAUUGUGGGAAAAGCUUUAGCCGGAGUGCAAACCUUAUAACCCACCAGAGGAUCCACACAGGAGAGAAACCCUUUCAGUGUGCUGAGUGUGGAAAGAGUUUCAGCAGGAGUCCCAACCUCAUUGCUCAUCAGCGAACCCACACGGGAGAGAAGCCAUACUCAUGCCCCAAGUGUGGAAAGAGCUUCGGCAACCGGUCCAGCCUUAAUACACAUCAGGGAAUCCACACUGGAGAAAAGCCCUAUGAAUGUAAAGAAUGUGGUGAAAGCUUUAGUUACAACUCCAACCUAAUUAGACACCAGAGAGUCCACACAGGAGAGAAGCCGUACAAAUGCACGGACUGUGGGCAGAGGUUCAGUCAGAGCUCAGCUCUCAUCACUCACCGGAGAACUCACACAGGAGAGAAGCCCUAUCAGUGCAGUGAGUGUGGGAAAAGCUUUAGCCGCAGCUCCAAUCUGGCCACACACCGGAGAACCCACAUGGUGGAGAAGCCCUACAAGUGUGGGGAGUGUGGCAAGACUUUCAGCCAGAGCUCCAGUCUGAUCGCACACCAGGGGAUGCACACAGGAGAGAAGCCCUAUGAGUGCCUGACAUGUGGGGAGAGCUUUAGCUGGAGCUCCAACCUCAUCAAGCACCAGAGGAUCCAUACUGGAGAGAAACCCUACAAGUGUGGCGAGUGUGGGAAAUGCUUCAGCCAGCGCUCCCAGCUGGUGGUACACCAGCGGACCCACACAGGCGAGAAGCCCUACAAAUGCCUCAUGUGCGGCAAAAGUUUCAGCCGGGGCUCCAUUCUUGUCAUGCACCAGCGAGCCCACCUGGGAGACAAGCCCUACAGGUGUCCCGAGUGUGGGAAAGGCUUUAGCUGGAAUUCGGUUCUCAUUAUACACCAGCGAAUCCACACAGGGGAGAAGCCCUACAAGUGCCCGGAGUGUGGCAAAGGCUUCAGCAAUAGCUCCAAUUUUAUUACACAUCAGAGAACUCACAUGAAAGAGAAACUUUAUUGAAGUGGCAAAGAGAGAAACUUUGGGGUGCGGGGACUGG